AUGAAGAGCAUAUUAAGAGGGACCUUACCGAGGGCAGGCCCAUUCUACAUAAAGCGGGGCAUCGCAAAGUCCCACCGUGGUCACAAUGAAAUAAGCAGCUUCAAAACCGCCGUCGAAACCGCAGAAAAGUUGGUCCAACCCAAGUCAGACAAGUUCAGUGACCCAUUCUCCAUUGUCAGCCAUGAGAUGUCCAACUUGGCCAAAUCUAUUGCCAGUCUCAUCGGGUCAGGCCACCCCACAUUAAACAGGGUAUCUAGCUACUACUUCGAAGCCGAGGGAAAGAACGUCAGGCCGUUGAUUGUAUUAUUAUUAUCCAAAGCAUUACUGAAGAUCCCUGAAUCGGAACGUACGCGAAUAGAUAUCGAUGACCAAGACGUGACAGAGCAGCCCCACUACAAGGGUACCCCCACCAAGACCUCUGUUGCCGGAAACACCGUGGACGACCUGAUAUCGCCAUUGGCGGUGUUGCACGGAAUUAACCCCAGAGUUAUUUUGGAUCCCUUGUCGAAACCAAUGGACCAGUUACCACAAAUCGAUGCUAUCAACGGAAUCUUGCCCAAGCAGAGAAGAUUGGCCGAAAUUGUGGAGAUGAUCCACACUGCCUCCCUUUUGCACGACGACGUGAUUGAUUUAUCCGACGCUCGUAGAGGACGCCCAAGCGGCAACAUUGCCUUCACCAACAAAAUGGCAGUGUUGGCGGGGGAUUUCUUGUUGGGCAGAGCCUCGGUGGCCAUUGCCAGAUUAAGAAACCCAGAAGUCAUCGAGCUCUUAUCCACCACCAUUGCCAAUCUCGUGGAAGGAGAGUUCAUGCAAUUAAAGAACACUGUCAUGAGCACCGAACCCACCAUCAACAACGAUGGCGAUGCAAAGACGGUUCCAGAAGCCACUGGUAAAGUUCCAACCGUGUUGCACGAAUACUCGGUGGCCACUCCCAAGUCAGUUGACCACGCAACCAACGUGGAUGCGGCCUUCGAAUACUACUUGCAUAAGACCUACCUCAAAACUGCUUCAUUGAUGUCCAAACUGUCCAGAGCAGCCGCGGUUUUGAGUGGAGCUCAGGACGAUGUGGUUGAAAACUGUUACCAAUUCGGACGUAACUUGGGAUUGUGCUUCCAGAUUGUCGAUGACAUGUUGGACUACACCUCCAGCGACGAUGCCAUUGGAAAACCUAGCCAGGCCGAUUUGAAGUUGGGUUUGGCCACUGCGCCCAUUUUAUUUGCAUGGAGAGAAAGACCGGAAUUGGGCGAGUUGAUUGCCCGUAAAUUCAAGGAAGAUGGCGACGUUGAGAUUGCCCGCAGAGCUGUGCAACAGUUUGACGGUGUUGAAAAGACUCGCCAGAUGGCCCGUGAAUACUGCCACCGGGCGUUGGAGAACUUGAGUGUUUUGCCACCCUCCGACGCCAGAAGCGCCUUGGAGCUUUUGACCAACUCCGUUUUGACCCGUAGUAAGUAA